AUGAUGCUGGGGAAUCAGACGAGGAUAGACAAAUUCAUUCUGCUGGGAUUUCAGGAAUUCUAUGAAUUCCAAAUAUUUCUUUUUCUGAGUUUUCUAGUGAUUUACAUUGUAACCGUGAUUGGAAACAUUCUCAUCCUUAUGCUAGUCAUCUUCGAUCAGCACCUUAAAAUGCCCAUGUAUUUCUUCCUAGGAAGCCUCUCCUUCCUAGAAAUUUGUUAUAGUUCUAACAUAUUCCCAAGAAUGCUUUCAGCUCUCCUAACUGGGAAUGGAAGCAUUUCAUUCAGUAACUGUUUUAUGCAAUGGUACCUCUGUAGUUCUUUGGUAGCUACAGAAUGCUGUUUACUGUGUGUGAUGUCUUAUGACAGAUACCUAGCAAUCUGUAAACCACUGCAUUAUUUGACAAUCAUGAAUUCUCAGACUUGUAUCCAUCUAACAGCUUCAUCUUGGAUCAAUGGAUUUGCUGUAUUUUCAAUAUUACUCAUUUUGAUGUUACAGCGAUUAACAUUUUGCAGUUCUAAUGAAAUAAACCAUUAUUUCUGCAACUAUUUUGCCCUUCUAAAGAUUUCCUGUAGUGACACUUGGUUAUUGGAAAUUAUGAGUUAUGUUGUAGCUGCCAUAUUCACACUUCCUCCUUUUCUCUUAACACUCUUAUCCUAUGUAUGCAUUAUAGAUGCCAUCUUAAAAAUCCCCUCUGUCACUGGAAGGCAGAAAGCCUUUUCCACCUGCUCUUCUCAUUUGGUUGUGGUUUCUAUUUUCUAUGGAUCUCUCAUGACUGCUUACAUGCUGCCAAGAAGUGAAAACAGAGACAUGCCCAAAUUUUCCUCUUUUUUAUACAUAGCUCUGCCCCCACUGGCCAACCCAUUUAUAUACAGUCUAAGAAAUAAGGAGGUCAGAGAGGCCCUGAGAAAUAAUAUUGGUAGAUUUGUACUAUACAAAUCAACUUCCCCAUUUAUCAUAUAA